UGUGUACAAUUUAAAUCUUCUUUCCAAUCACUUGUAUCACUUUUUACAUUUAAUACGGUAUAAUACGGGGGAGGGGGAUAACAUGGUUAAAGGGUCACGAGGAAAGAGAUGAUUUUAAACGUGUGCUCCCAUAAACUCGAGAAGAGAUGAGUGUUUUGUACAUGUGUCCCCAUAAACUUCAGAAGGGGAACCCAGGAAGAUAACAAGGCCAUGCACUAGAGACGCACCGAUCAGUGAUUGGUCAGUCCUUUCCCAGCUGGCCCGAGCUGUCCAAUCACGGGUCAGUCCGCAAAACUAGUGGCGAUCCACGCAACUGAACGCCCAUCACGUUGCGCACAUGGAUCGGGUAGAGGUGACCACGCCACACCCAGCAGACCAAGGCAGAGUGCUUUUGCUGGAGGAACGGCUUGUGUAACAGCUGUAUCAGUGGCACCGACAGCAACCAGUUGCGCCAGCACCGUGCCUAGUUGAAAUGUCGAGUACGCAGAGGAGGCGGCGCAUGCAGCGGCCUCUCAGAGCGAUAGGGCCCGCGAAAUAGUUGAGGAUAUUCGGACACAGUUUGUGAACAACAGUGUUUGCAUGCGUAUGUUUUUGCCGAAGCUGUAACGUUAUCUGCUUUUUGGAGGAAUGAGAGGCGUAUGUUCGGCUAUUAAAAUGGGAUUGUUUUUGCACGCUGUUGGCUCUGUCAACCCCACCGAGUCCGCAGCAGACAGGAGCCUACUGUACUGUGAAGGCAUUAACAACCAGAGCUACGUCUGUGAGUCCGGACACUGCUGUGGGAAGUCUCAGUGCUGCAGCUACUACUAUGAGCUCUGGUGGUUUUGGUUGGUAUGGGCGAUCAUCUUCAUUUUGAGCUGCUGCUGUGUGUGUCACCAUCGGCGCACCAAACACCGGCUGCAGCAGCAACAACGGCAGCAUGAGAUUAACCUCAUCGCUUACCGCGAAGCACACAACUACCCCUCUGUGCCCUUCUACUUCAGGUUUCUGCCAAACUACCUCCUGCCUGACUACGAAGAGGUGGUCAACCGGCCACCGACUCCUCCCCCUCCCUACAGUGCCUUACACACAGGCCCAUCAUCAGUGGCUUCUAGCCCACUGGGUCCUGAGCAGCAGGAGAGACACUGUCCAACCAUCCAGCCCACUCCGGUGCCCCCGGUCUCUGACAGUCUGUGUUGCAGACCCAGCAUAGAGGAACCACAAACCCCCACCUUAGACUUGAGGCCAAAGCCUGACAACAAGCCCAUGCAGACAGCACAAGAUUCAGGCAUGAUACUGCUGUCAGAUGGGCUCAAUAGGGAGGGACUAACCAGCCAGGAGAAAAGAAGUGAAAGUGGGGACGACUCCUGCAAGGACCAUCUGCUAAAGGACCCGUCAGAGGGUUCUGCUGAGGACAAAGACCGACUCCCCAAUGGUAGGAGGAGGCGAUUCACAGGUGACUCUGGGAUUGAGGUGUGUGUGUGCGGCACACGUGGGAGCAGCGGUUUUAGUGGAGCUGUAGGGACAGGCCAGGAAGGCAAGGAGUUGAGGGAGCUAGAGAGCCUGCUGGGGCACGAGGGAGAUGACAAAGAGGAGGAAGAAGAGGAGGGGGAGGAGGCGGGCGACUUCUGCGACAGCUGUGGCCAUCGAGCCUCCUUCAGUGGGGAGGAGGAGCAGGCGCUGGGCGGGCUGGAGAGGCGGGUCGCACGUGGGCCGUCAGGAUCUCCUCAACCGGCUCACCAGAUAGGCAGCGCCUCGCUCCACCCUCCAGUGUGCCUCCUCCUCCACACCAUCAACGAGCAGGAGGGACCGCACCACAGCACCAGCACUGAGCCGCAGGGCUGAAACACAGUCAGCACACCUUUGUUUCAUUGAGGGAAGGAGAGAGCACUUGAGACAGAGCAUGGAGGCAUAUGCUUUUGUAUUUGAGCAAAUGUUUUAUGACUAAAUACUUUCUGAGCGAGUAUUUUUAUGAAUGUGUGCAUCUUAGAUAAAACAGGGGUGGGAGCAGGCGGGGGAAUGUCAACUAAAUAUGAUUAAAAUGCAAAGGUUGAGAAAGCCUUCUCCUCCCCACACUGGAACAGUGGCCUUAACCUGUGUAUUAUGAGUUAUGUUUGGGCAGUUGAAGCCCUUUAACAGCCUGUGUCAAUUGAGACUACACACACACACACACACACACACACACACACACAGUGUCUUUCAGUUGUCCUUCUCAUGCAACGGAAGCUACUGACACACUGUCUGAAGCUGUGACGUCAGGACAGGACGUUAGGUGCCCAGGAUGAAUGCAGCCUUCCUCACCGCCAGGUGCUUGCAACAGUUCUGCAAAGCAGUUCUCUGCAGGCAGGAAACUACAGUACGUAGUGACAAAAAAACACAGCAGGAACAUUUUGGAUGAGUGCAAUGUGGAUUUACCACAGUGUGUGCGUAUGCAAACUGAUCCUGUACAGGGACACUAUAACAAGACUGUGUGGGACGUCCCGUACAUACUUCUAAAGUGCUUUUCAGCGUUUAGAAAACGCUCUGCCUUGUCUGUUUUUGUUGCGCUCUAUCUGCCCUGCUAGUGAUAGAGAAGUGUAAGUGCAUUUACAAAUCUUGAUGUGAGCAGUUCCUAUUUUGCACAAAGUGUAUUUAUCUUUAUGAAUGAGCUUUUAGCUAAACAAAUCAAAACAGAAAAUGCUUUCAUUACUUCAGUCUUAAAUCGCAGUACAUGAUUUAGUGUCUUAGGGUUUUGUUACAUCUGUAAGAAAUGGACCUCUGUGGAUUGUUAUGGAAUGCAACCGAUUCACUUUGUACACAAUCAUUUUUAAAUUAAUGAAUCUUUGUAGUAUGACUACCCAGAAAAAUGCAGAACUUUGAUGAACAAUGAUACUUUUCUUAGAGAUUACAACUGAGAUGGGCAACGUCAGACCUCAAACUUUGGUGUGAGUCACUUAAAUAGUUUACCGCCUAAACCCACUAUACAGUAUAAAAUGCUCCUCCUCCAGUUGAGUGGAAAAAUACGCGUUUGGGGACUUAAGUUUUAGUUAAUUCAGUUUGGAUUAAAAAAAACAAAAAAAAAACAGAAAAAAGCAUAGAUUCAGAUAAGGUAAUAAAAUAAUAGUUUGAUAGUUGUCCUUGGCUUUUCUUAAUAUCCAAAUAUCUAUAAAUAAGAGUUUUGCACAAGAGGAUUUUUUUUUUAUGGACAAACAAUACAAUAAGUUAACAAGCAAUAUUUAUAAUGAUAUAUACCAAAUAGUUCUGUUAAUGUAUCUUCUUUGGAAGACUUAGUUUGAAACGCCUUUAAGAGCUUAAAUGUUUUAAAUCCAACCUUAAUCCAAAUCUUACAGCGGCUGUUAUAGAUUAGAUGUUGAUUCAUGAUGAAUGGGCCAUGGAAAAUGCUAUGAGCGUGCUGUGUGAAACUUACAAAUUAAGUGAAAUUUUAGUUUUCCCACUCUCUGAAAUUAAUUGGAACUUGGUGAUGCUACAUUUCAUCAUCAUCCACGUGUUCUUUUUUUUUUCCAAUUUCCUCGUAGCACCCUAAAAAUUCAAAGCACAAAUGUUUCAGUCAUUGGUCUCACAGAUUUCUAUAUAUACCCUAAAACAAUCUAACUGAAGAGGUCUCUCAAAACUUCUAGCACAAGUUGAAAAUGUAACGUGUACUUUAUGUAUUAGCAGUAAGAUGAUUGAAUCUUACACAUCAAUGUCUGAACACACUCUAAAAUUCUUUAUAUGUUAAUUCUUUAUGUGAGCUAGAAAGUGAUAUUGUGUGAUUGUGGUACAUGUAACCAAGACAAGCUAUUUUCAUAUCAGCUGAAUCCUUUAAAAAAUUGGAUUCUGUAUAACUGUAUAAAAUUUUAGAACCACUUUAUAUUUGAAAAUGUGUUCUGUCACGUUUGUGAACCAAAUAGUUGCUUUCAUAUUUUUUAUGAAAUCAUUAGCUUUAUUGUUACGGUCGGAUUUUUUUCUCAUUAUGGGUAUUAUUUUUCCUGUUAGAAUAAGAUUUAACUUUUUUUUUUUUUUUUUUUUUAAAUAACUUAUCCUUAAGUUGUGUGAAGGGUACGUCUGACUAGUAGAUAACUUGUUAAGAAGAUCAGGGGCAUCUUGCCAAAGACACGUUUUCUUUCUUCACCAGUGUGUGUAAGGUGGUUUUGCACAUAUCCUUUGAAUGUUCUGACCAUUAACAUAAGCCAUUUAUUACAGCAACCAAUAUGGAUGUAUUUUCAAUAAACAUGCCCUUUUAAAUUCA